AUGACUUUUAGAUUUGGUCAAAAGUUCCUUGACAUACGGAACUUUGCUAGAGGCUUUUUAACUCGACAUUCGCCACCUGUUAAAGCUCAAGCUUUAAUACCCUUUGUGGUUGAAAAAACGUCAAGGGGUGAACGUUCAUAUGACAUAUUUUCUAGACUUUUAAAAGAAAGGAUCGUAUGCUUGAAUGGACAUGUAGACGAUAGUGUAGCGGCUGUAGUUGUAGCUCAAUUAUUAUUUCUUGAAGCUGAAAAUCCAGAAAAACCGAUUAGCUUAUACAUUAAUAGUCCUGGUGGUACUGUAACUGCCGGCAUGGCUAUUUAUGAUACUUACAUUCAAUCACCAGUAUCAACACUUUGCAAUGGUCAAGCAUGUUCAAUGGGCUCAUUACUUUUGGCCGCAGGCGAACCAGGAAAACGUUAUACACUUCCAAAUUCUACUAUAAUGAUACAUCAACCAAUAGGCGGUGCAUCAGGUCAAGCAACUGAUAUUGCUAUACAUGCUAAAGAGAUAUUAAGAGUUAGAGAGAGAUUAAAUAAAAUUUAUCAAAAACAUUCAAUGGCUGUUGAAAGAGAUUAUUACAUGACUGCUGAGGAAGCUCUAGAGUUUGGUUUGAUUGAUAGAGUUUUGGAAAAAAGGGAAGUUACUCCAUCAGAACCAUUAAAAUGA